CAGUGAGUACUAUUUCAUUCACCUACGUAGUGGACUUCUACCUUACCUACUAAAGCACCGUGUAAGAGCAGGUUCUUCUACAGCUUCACUUAGUGCUGAGUCAGCGCCUGAUAUCAACAUGGCGGAUCUGAUACACGACAGUGUGAAGAGUUACUACAGCUCUCUGGAGUCUUCAGAUGCUUUACAGACGAGUGCUGCUUGUUCUGCUUCCUCUCGGCCGUUGUCUCCGAGCGUACAGCAGGCCCUCACACUCGUCCAUCCUGAGGUCUGCAAAAGGUUCUUUGGCUGUGGCCUGGUGGCUCCAGGGAAGCUGCAAGGAUGUUCAGUUCUGGAUUUAGGAAGUGGAUCAGGUCGGGACUGCUAUGUCCUCAGCAAACUGGUGGGAGAGGAUGGACAUGUCACUGGUGUUGACAUGACUGAGGAUAUGAUACAGACAUCAAGGAAAUACAUGAGAUACCACCAGGAGCGUUUUGGCUAUGUCAAACCGAACACAGAGUUUGUUCAUGGAUACAUGGAGAAGCUCAGAGAUGCAGGAAUACAGGACGGCUCUCAGGAUGUAGUCGUAUCAAACUGUGUGAUUUGUCUUUGUCCAGACAAGCGGGUCGUUCUAAGUGAGGCUUACAAAGUACUCAAGGUGGGUGGUGAGCUUUACUUCAGUGAUAUGUACGCGAGCGAUGUAGUCCCAGAGUCUUUCAAACUGGAUCCGGUGCUUUGGGGUGAAGGAAUGGGUGGUGCCCUCCACUGGCAGGAUUUCAUCUCCAUCAUGAAGGACCUGGGCUUCAGCACACCUCGGCUGGUCGCAGCUAGUCGUAUUGAUGUGCACGAUCCAGAUCUCCGGAUGAAAGCAGGUGACAUUAAAUACGCCUCAGGGACCUACCGUGCCUUUAAAUUGCCCCAACACUGCAUUCAAACCACAGCACUGAUCACCUACAAGGGGACUGUUCCAGACUGUGCAGAGUGUUUUGAGCUUGAUGCCUCAAACUCCUUUAAGGUGAAUGUGCCUGUAGAGGUGGAUGCAGAGAUGGCAGCUAUCUUCCAGUAUACACGUUUCUCACCAGACUUCACGGUCCAGAUGACAGACAAGCCCGAUCCUAGCCUCGGCUCUACUCAGCAGUAUUGCCACCUGAGCCCGUUCCUGCUGGCGGACAGACUGGGAUCCUGUAUGAAGCAGUGCUCUAAGACAGGCGUGGCUGCAGGAAGCUGCGGGUAAUGAAGGAGACUGCGUCGUGUUUGCUCAUGUCAAGCAGAAAUCUGGAGACUCUUUCCCUCUGUUUCUACCAAAAGAAGUUUAUCCUACUUCUACAUUGAUGCAAGUUCUCACUUUCAUGAUCAUCAUCAUCUGCAUUAGUCUCUGACUCAUCACCUGAAAUAAAUAAAAAAAUGCCUCGUCAUCCUCUCUUCGA